AUUGAAAAUGGCCCAGAGACACACAACACUGGCCUGGGUCUUGGCCUGUCUUUUUGCAAUUGUGAAUUUUUAAUCAAUUUCUUUUGAUAUUUUUGCGGAUGACCAUCGGUGGCCCCUAGGAUAGGACGUUGCGCUGUAAUGUCUACUUGUAACAUUACCUUGCGUUUUUUUGCAGCCAUAGACACAGCGUUGCCAUGACAUCUUGCAAGUCAAUUGGAUGACCCCCUGACCGUUUCAUGGUCUGGCCACAGAAUGUGCUGUUUUGGCAAGACAUAGACCUCUCUCCACCCUCCUCUUUUAAGUAAUGGUUUGACUGAUGGCCAUUUUUUUGGACACUUCUUCUUGUGUAGGAUCUUUGGUAUUUUUAUCUCCCUGUUUUUAUAUACAUGAGGAGAGGUGCAAAUGUAUACAAUCUCUUGCAAAAGAUAUAUCCAACACAUGUCUCAACAUACCGCCAAGGACCUGAAUUGGGCUACAUCUGUCUGUUUUCUUUUUUCUUUUUUUUUGGUUUGAUAUUUUUUUCAUAGGAACCUUUUUCCCCACCCAUCAAACAGCUGGAGAGGAACACUUGGAAGAAAACUGGCGGAGUCACUUAACCCCAUGUAGUUGUAUUGAGGUGUCUUUUCUGUCACCUCAGUGUAAUACGUGGGGCCAAGCGCUGCUCUCUGAGAAGGUCCUACCAGGAGUAGUAGUUUGGGCAGAGCGCUCUCUCCCCCCCAAGACCCUGCCUGCAUACACUGCUCCCAUCCACAGUGACAAAGAACUUACAGGCAGGACAGACGACCUCCCAGCACACAGGCACUAUGGACCGAUCGCCUUCUUCCAUCCCCAGUCUGAUGGCCAGCAACGUGACCAAUAAGACGGACCCGCGCUCGCUCAACUCACGGGUCUUCAUUGGCAACCUCAACACCAUGCUGGUGACCAAGGCCGACGUUGAGGCCAUCUUCAGCAAGUAUGGCAAAAUCGUGGGCUGCUCGGUGCACAAGGGCUAUGCCUUCGUGCAAUACGCCAAUGAGAGGAACGCCCGGAACGCAGUGGCCAGUGAAGACGGCCGCAUGGUGGUGGGGCAGGUGCUCGAUAUUAACUUGGCAGGAGAGCCCAAACCGCACAGGACGAAGACUACAAAACGCUCUGCAGGAGACAUGUACAGCAGCUCAACAUUCGACCUGGACUAUGAUUUCCAGAGAGAUUAUUAUGAUAGGGUGUACUCGUACCCGUCCCGAGUGCCUCCGCCGCCGCCACCCAUCCCUCGGGCCGUCAUUCCCUCCAAGCGGCCACGCGUCAGCAUCAGCAGCGGUGGCAGCCGACGCACCAAAUCCAGCUUCUCUUCCUCGUCCAAAAGCAGCCAAAGGACAUCCUCACGCACCAUGAAGGCAGAUGACCUGCAGACCAUCAAGAAGGAGCUGACACAGAUCAAACACAAGGUGGACUACCUACUGGAGAGUCUGGACCGUAUGGAGAAGGACCACAGCAAAAAGUCAGACGGUAAGAGUGUGAAGACAGAGGCUGGUGAGCCAUCGGCGCUGCAGCACUCCAGCAACAAGAAGGAGCGUGAACGCGAGCCCCAGGAACUCAACGACUCUGAGGAGGAGGGCGACCUGCUGGAGGAGGAAGAAGAAGAAGUGAAGAGCCAAGGAAGAGAGAAUGAGGAGGAAGAGGAAGAAGGGGAGGAGGGAGAGCAGGAGGAGGGGGAAGACGAUGGGGACAGCGUCAACGGAGAUGAUUCCUAAAGAUCAAGAAGUAACUCAUCCAUACACUAGGUUUUCACACAUUCAAGUGGUGUCAUUUGAUUGGCAUUUUAUCAAUUAACACUAAUAUAGUACACAUGCAUGUUCUCUCGGUCUCACUCACAGAAAGGCACAUUUAAACACACACACAUACACACACACUGUUCAAGUUCACUUGAAGUCCUUGGAAUGAAUCUUGUCUUGCCAUUCCAUUUGUUCUUAUGUCCUGGCAUUUCUCUCCGCUGUAAUCUGCGGUUAGGACUCGCUCUGCCUGUGUGUGUGUGCGUGUGUGUAAGCGGGAGAACAUGUGUGAGAAUGUGUUAUUCGGUUUAUGACCAGCAUUGGUAAAAGAAAGUGGUUGUGUUCCCAGGAAAUCUCAAAGCUCUAAGUGUCGUCAGGAUGCGUUGCAAAUAUGAUGUGUAAAAAUGUGUGUGUGAAGCAGAUGUGGCAUCUCCUUUGUGAACAUUGUGAAAGAAAUGCUUUUAUCUUUGUAUCGUUUGUGUUUUAAACAAGUGGUGUGUCGUUUUUAGUUCCUGAAUUUGUGUCUUUUUAUAUUAUCUCUGUAAAAGAGAGUUAAAUAAAUCUUAGAUCUUAAAAUAC